AUGCAGGUCCUCGUAGAACUCGAUCUUCGUCCCGUCAGAGCCGGUCACUGGUGGGACGUAGGCCCUGAUGAUGAUGACGAAUAUGAUGAUGAUGAUGAUGAUGAUGAUGACGAUGAUGAUGAUGAUGAUGAUGAUGAUGAUGAUGAUGAUGAU